AUGACAGGGCAGUGUCAGAGCACGACACAUGUGUCCCCCCGCCAGGCGCUCCCAAGGGGAUCAUCUGGGCCGCCCUUGCUUGCCCUCUCGUGGGUAGAGCCUGCAGCCCCUGGGGCGCUCAGCAGGGAGGGGCAGCUGGGCCUAGGCCCUGGCCAUCAGUCCAGAACAGUCAGAGUGUGGAGUGCACAUGGGGCCUGUGAACAAUUACUCAGUCCUCCUCGCCUGCCUCCUUUCAGGCACCCUGAGGUCGAGGUCACUGUGUCCCACGAUGGGGUCCAGCUGACCAGGGAGAAGCUGGGAAAGGACAGUUGGAGAUACUAA